AGCAAGGUCGAUUAUAGCCAAACCACAAGAUUCCCGUUGAUUGCCAUGGGCGAUGCUGUUUUUAGGCAGUCCAUGCGCGGCAAACCUACUGGGCUUGCCAACAGCCGAAAACGAAGGAUUGCUGGUGACAGUGAGUAUAGACGAAUACAAUACUUCGAAAAUAAGUUUACCGCUGGGUAGAGAUGAUGAAGAUGCAACAACUGACGGAAAAUGGCAGGUUUGCUCGCGGUGUGGACAGAAGACGUUGGAACAAUUGCGGCUUGCCGACGGCGGAGUGAUGCAUAGUGUGCAGCAUUGUACAAAUUGUGACACACUAUGGCAGCGUGAUGCCAAUGCCAGCCGUAACAUUCAUCUCAUCGCAGCCGCUUUGGCUGACGGCCAAGAACGUCCAGUGGUAUAUAAUCGCUCCUCUUCCACGUAACAAAAACGUGUGAUGGUUACAGUUCGGUAAGUUUUAUCGGAAAAAAACCUUGUCUAAUUUUUUGUGGCACAGCACUGUAUGACCGUGAAAUUUAAGCUUUUGGGGAAGUGGUGAUCAC